CAAGAAUGAAUGACUAUUAUCGACCCUAGCAGGGUGAUUAAAUCAGAAUCAUCAAGAUUGGAUACAAUUCUUCCUCUUCUUCUGCUUCAAGCUACACAUCUAAUCUUAUACGACAAGCUGUUCAACGUGAAGAAUCCUUUCGACUGGAUGGAGCUCAUCUCCUUGCAGGGCAAGACCAACUUCUUCGAGAAGCGCGUCGGAGACUACCAGAAGGCAGGAGUAAUGAAGGCAGCAGAAACGACCACUGAGGGAGCGGGUAACGACGCUCACGCCUUCUCUAUGGAUGAGGACUUCUAGGUGGUGCUUUGCCAUUUUGCUAGGAGCUGUAGUGAAGAACGAGGAGGAUGAAAAUGAUCUUCAUCUUGUCAUAGCAGAGCUUUCAACUUCUACGUCAACGUAAGUCGUGAGGUCACAACGUAUAGAUAGAUAAUCAUGAUGGAACAAGCAAGUAGAAAUUCUAAUUCAGCGCAAGUAGUAGUAGUACGUACUAUCAUCUAUAAUCAGAAGGAUUUGUGAGAAUACCUACUUUUUUCAAGUUAGUUCAAAUCGAGAUUGCAAGAAGUGAUGUAACUGUAACUGUGAGUACGUACUUUUUCACAAACCUCUUUCUAACCGUGUGCAGAGAUGGUAGAUACGAUGAGUAAACAAAGAAGAACGACGUAGCUAGUUUUUUUGACCCUUAAGUAAUAUACAUAAAUCUACUCCCCACCUCCAAAAUAUAUAUUUAUUCCCCAAAGGCAAAAAAUGAAACGCAAAAUAAACCCACUAACGCGCUUUAUUUUUCGUUCGGAUCAUCUUAUUCCUAUCUUAGAACUAGAAGUCGAGUCAGCAGUCGCGGGAACAGUGUACUCAGUGGACUCGUCUUUUCGAAGACGUCUCUGCUGUUGUUUACUUGUUUCCCACAAGUAUAUUGUGAGCUCGUUAUUGGUAUAAUCGCAGCUUUUGAUAUUCUUUAUUUUCUCUCAACUCGUCUCGAAUCUCACCAGGGAUUGAUAGACAGAGAUUAUUCGACUGUAUGUAGUUCAGUCCUCGUUUAGUCUAAAAUAUAAGAUAGUCGUUUACAACUCACCAACAAUCACUAUCCUAUGGUACAAUAACUUUGGGCGGAAUUAAUGAUAGUAAAUAAUAGAUGUAGAUAUGGACCAAGAUCUAGCUACUACACAGGUCUGGGAACAUGAACAUCCUCAAGGUUUGUCGAUAAAGCUUAAUACAAGUAGUCACUGCAUUCUUUCUGAUUGCACAUUACGCUUAGCGUGAUGGUAUCAAAUAUUUACCAAGAUUGUAUUUUUCGGCUCUUACCUCACGCUUACCAGUCAUCAAGAUCGCAGUUCAAGUGGCUACAAAAUUGCAGUUCGAGUUUGUACUAGCAGUUGUUUACUACUUUUGAAAAAGGGGAUAUACGUCUUUCUAUGAUCAUUUUUGCCAUCAUUGGUACUGGUAUAAGAAGAACAGCAACAACAUAUUGAAGAUAGUUGUUGCUUCUUCAUUUCUUCGGUAUGUUGUUACAGCGCAGAAUCCUCGAUCUCAAAUUGAUUCUUGAUUGCUUCACGUUGUAUGGGGACAACGCCUAGUGGGAGGGAGAAUGGCAAAAAGCAGCUAUCUGGGAAGGUGAACGCAUACGAAGAACUAGCAGCACGAGCAGUGGAAGAAAAUUACUAGUAGAAGGCUCAUGAUCCUAGCACUGGUAGCAAGGCUGACGAUCUAUCUGUUUUCAAACCUAGAUGGAUUUGAAAAUUGCUGCGUUCGUUCAAAACAGAAGCUUGUCGAGAAGAAAAAGCAUGGUAUGAAGCUGUGUGUCCAUCAUGUUAUAAAUAUUUGUUUUCUUAUGAACCAUGGCCUUUGAAGCUUGAAGAUAUCGGACCUAGUUUCGGUUUUUUGUCGCAGAUCCGCAGAGGAUUUUCUCUGUGUCUUUUCUGCUGACUACUACUGACCAAACAGGAAGUGAACACAAAGACAGCAAACUCUAGAGCUGAGCCACAAGAAAAACGAGUAUAUUGCUGGAGAAAAAUGGUUUCGCGAUGACGGAGAA